AUGGAUCAAGCAAAGGAGCUCCUUGAGAUGCCUCGAGAGUUCGUCAAGGAUGGCCGACAAUUCUUGACACGAUGCAGCAAGCCGGACAAGAGGGAAUUCCUACGCAUUUCGCAAGCAGUGGGUAUGGGUUUCCUGAUCAUGGGUGUUAUCGGUUAUAUUGUGAAGCUGAUUCACAUUCCCGUCAACAACAUCCUUGUGGGCGGCGCGUAG